UGCCCACUGAGCCGUGUCCCCUGGCUGAAGGAUGGGAAGCUGUGCCUGGCUCUCGGGGGCUUUCACAUGUGGCCGGGCCCAGGCCACUGUCCUGCCUCGACGGGCAGCCACUGCAUGGGUACAUGGCUGCCAGGAUCUGUGGGCCCCUGGGCAUGGGGACUGUCAGCCGGGCACAGCACAGGCCUUCAGAGGAUGGUGCUGCUGCUGCCCACCCUGGCAGGCCUGGUCAUGUCGUGGGAAGCUCCAGGGCAGGUGGCAGGAGCCUGGUGACGCACAAUGGCAGGUGGGGGUGGGGGACGUGGCAAGGCUGCAGCUCCAGCUUGGCCCUGGUCCUGGUUGUGGAGGGCGAAGGCAGUGGCUGGGCUGGCCUGUGCAGCCUCGCCCAGCUCCGGCACGGCCGCCAUGGGCCCUGGCAACAGGAGGCCCUGGGCAGCAUUGGGCCCUGACUGCACGGUCCUGCCUUGCAGCUGAUGCAGCAGCAGACAACGGUUCUCUCCGCUUCCCAUGGCAGCUACGUGAACCCAGGCGUUACCUUCUCCCCCUGCCACAUCCAGCAGAUCGGUGCCGUCAGUCUCAACGGGCUGCCAGCUGCUCCCAUUGCACCAGCAUCAGGGCUACAUUCACCACCUCUCCUGGGAACAGCAGCCAUGCCAGGACUUGUAGCACCAAUUUCAAAUGGAUUCACUGGAGUGGUACCAUUCCCCAAUGGGCAUCCAGCCUUGGAAACAGUUUACACCAAUGGCCUUGUGCCAUAUUCAGCCCAGAGCCCUUCAGUAGCAGAGACUUUGCACCCAACCUUCACAGGAGUUCAGCAGUAUCUGUGUAUCCGACCACCACCAUCACCCCCAUUGCACAGAGCAUCCCUCAGCAACCUCCCAUCCUGCAGCAGCAGCAACGAGAAGGUCCUGAAGGCUGCAAUCUCUUCAUCUACCAUCUCCCUCAGGAGUUUGGAGACAACGAGUUGAUGCAGAUGUUCCUGCCUUUUGGCAAUAUCAUUUCCUCUAAGGUAUUCAUGGAUCGUGCCACCAACCAGAGCAAGUGUUUUGGUUUUGUAAGCUUUGACAACCCAUCCAGUGCACAGACUGCUAUCCAGGCUAUGAAUGGCUUCCAGAUUGGCAUGAAACGCUUGAAGGUCCAGUUAAAACGGCCCAAGGAUGCUAACCAUCCCUACUGACAGCAGUAAACAAGCAGGAGUCACUUCUACAGCACAAGGUGAAAGGAAAGUCCAGAGGAAGAAUUUCUGCUUCAGGUUGAUUUACAGAAAGGCCAGUAAAUUUAUCGACUCUUUUGACACCACUCCUUUCCUUCCUCUGCUUCCCACCUACCCACCCUAUCUUCCUCUUCCCCUCCUCUCCAAGACACGCAAUUAAAGAGAAGGCUUAAUAUCUGCCCAGGAGGAAGAUUCUUGCCACGACCAACUCAUAUUUGCUGCUAAUGUGGUGCAUAGCAAAGGGACCAGCAAACCAGCAGCCCCUGGGGACAUAAGCCUCUUCCUCUUGGGGUAUGGCUGGAGUACAUGGACCAAGAAAACCCACUGGUGUGUCUCUAGGUUAAUGCAGUGAUGUAUGGAAGUUUAGUCCCAUCCCUCCCUCCCUCUUGCUCCGUUUCUGGCCUUUUCAUAGACAAAUAUACAUAUAUAUACAGUCUCUAUUUUUUUUUUUAAAGUGGCUCACAGGACCAAACUUUUCAGACUGACUGCUUGCAAGAGGUAUUGGACGUUUGGGGUUUACCUUUGCAACAGUGUCUUCUCAGCACACACUGCAGAUAGGCCUGAACAUUUUGAGAGGAUGCUUGGGGAGAGAGAGGGGGAGGGUGCCAGAGGGUAGGGAGAAAGAGAGGAUCAUCUCUCUGCUCAACAUUAGCAAGAAGGAGGAGAAAUACAUACCUCCAGGAUUAGGGCACAGUCAGAUGCUCAGCUCGAGUCACUCAUCCACUGUAGCACCAGCCUGGUUAAGGAUCUCAAGAGCUCUCAGUCUUACCUUUCCCAGGGCUUCUGCAGACAAAGCUCCUGGAAUUUGGUGCCAGACCCCAUCCUGACAACUCCCCGAUUAGACUGAGAGCACAGGAAACCAGUCACUUUACCUACAGGAACUGUACUGCCUCCCCACACAUGGCAUAGAUCUGUGUUUCAUAGUUCUCCAUGGUAACAGCAUUUUCUUGAUGAAGGCAAGAGAAGAUAAUAGUAUGAGCAGAUGCAAUCUUCAAAACAGUUACAGAAUCCUCCUGGGGGCUACACACUGCCUCCCCGUGUCAGAUAAGCUAAUGCUUUCCAUAAGCUGUAAAAUGUGUUGAGGGGGUUGAACGACAUAGCAGAGCUGCUUAGUGAGCAGUACUUAUUCCCAGAUGAAACAGGACGUUUUCUCCCUCUGAAUUCAGCAAGAAGACUCACCUCACGCACCUGUUUGCAAAGCUUUCCCCAGCAGGUGCAAGGAUAAUAUGAUGAAAGAGGGUUGUCAUUCUGUUUUUUCAUUUUUCCCAGCACUCCCUCCAAGAGACUGAUAAUACAUUAUGCAGCAUAUAUAUAUAUAUAUGGACAGCUAUAUACACAACACUCUUAUGCACAGAAUGUAGUUCAGAGCUUGAUUUAGAAAAGAUCUCGGGGAGUGGGGGGGGUUGUCACACUGACAAGGAACAUCCCUUUAACAGUUGGAAACAAUCUCGUAAGUUUCUACAAAAAUAAGGAAAGCAAGACAAAACAAACCAACCAACUCCACAGUGAUUAAUGACUGAUUAAUUUCAAUAUUCCAGAGUUUGAUAAGGUACCACAAACAUUUGGGUGGGUGGGUGUGGGGGUGUGCGUGCAGUGAAACAUGAAUAAAGGGUUGGUGGGGAAAGGUUGAUGCAAUUAUUACUGAAGUGAGCCAUGGGGAUUUUAGAGAAUCUUGGCCAACUCUCACUCUCCUCCAGUUUCCCUUUGUUCAGGUGUGUGUGGCACAGUUCUAUAAGUACCUUCACAUCUCCUCAACUACCCUUCUGUAUCUGAUGCUGAGAGUUUAUGAGAGAUGAAUGAAGCUGUGUGAGUCUGUGUGUUUCUAUAGUCCAUGUUUACUUAUUGUAAAUACCAUUUUUAUACUUAACAUCUAUUAUGUAUGUGAUUUGUAUAAUGUACUUUAUUUCUGCUACAAGUAAUUUCAUGAAGUUUAAACUUAGUCUAAUUUUGAACAAAAAAAAAAAAAAAAAAAAGAAAAAAGACCAACAAAUGCAAAAUGGGAAAAAAAGGACUUUGGAAAUCCUAGGUCAAGCUGGUUUAAAACAAGCAUUUACAAUUUCUUCCAUCACAGUUACUGAUGUGACUGUACAAUGUUGCAGGUGCGAUACAAGCUUUGUCAAUGUCAAAUUCUUCACUCUGGUCAAAAAAAAAUCCUGAAUUUAUUUAAUAAAAGUUUUACUUGCUAAGUAA